GCUUUGGAGCACCGGGGCGGGAUCCAGGCUACAGCCGCGGGAGGUCCGGACGGAGGCAGCCAUGGGACUCCCGGGUGACAGAAGACACAAUUCUUAACUGGGUUGCUCUGAGAACAGAUGUCUGAACCAUCUCAUCAUGGCCUGUAGAGGAGUAGAUGGGCGUGGGCAGCCUCCCUCAGGGACACUUUCUUGGUCUGGCCCUCCAACUUUUUCCGCCAAUAGUACCCACGCCCAUAAUGUAUGCAUGGUUUCUGACUUUUUCUACCCAAAUAUGGGCGGCGUGGAAAGCCACAUUUACCAGCUCUCUCAGUGCCUGAUUGAAAGAGGGCACAAGGUCAUAAUUGUUACCCAUGCUUAUGGAGAUCGAAAAGGCAUCCGCUACCUCACUAAUGGCCUCAAAGUUUAUUACUUGCCUCUCAGAGUCAUGUACAACCAGUCUACGGCCACAACUCUCUUUCACAGUCUGCCAUUGCUCAGGUACAUAUUUGUUCGGGAGAGAAUUACGAUAAUCCAUUCCCACAGUUCUUUUUCUGCCAUGGCCCAUGAUGCUCUCUUUCACGCCAAGACAAUGGGGCUCCAGACAGUCUUCACGGACCAUUCCCUUUUUGGAUUUGCUGAUGUCAGCUCGGUGCUUACAAACAAGCUUCUAACUGUGUCUCUUUGUGAUACAAACCACAUCAUUUGUGUCUCUUAUACUAGUAAGGAAAAUACUGUACUAAGAGCAGCACUGAAUCCUGAAAUAGUGUCUGUCAUUCCUAAUGCUGUAGAUCCUACUGACUUCACUCCAGAACCAUGUAGGAGGCAUGAUAGUGUAAUAACUAUUGUUGUUGUCAGCAGACUUGUUUACAGAAAAGGGACUGAUUUGCUUAGUGGUAUAAUACCUGUACUCUGUCAGAAAUAUCAAGAAUUAAAUUUCCUAAUUGGAGGAGAGGGACCAAAGAGAAUCAUUUUGGAAGAAGUACGGGAAAGAUACCAACUACAUGACAGGGUGCAUCUUCUGGGAGCAUUAGAACACAAAGAUGUUAGAAAUGUCUUAGUUCAAGGACAUAUUUUUCUUAACACCUCCCUCACUGAAGCGUUCUGCAUGGCGAUCGUGGAAGCAGCCAGUUGUGGUUUGCAGGUUGUAAGUACCAAGGUUGGUGGAAUUCCUGAAGUACUUCCAGAAAGUCUUAUUAUUUUAUGUGAGCCUUCAGUAAAAUCUUUGUGUGAAGGAUUGGAAAAGGCUAUUUUCCAAGUGAAGUCGGGGACAUUGCCAGCUCCAGAAAAUAUCCAUAAUGUAGUAAAGACUUUCUACACCUGGAGUAAUGUGGCCGAGAGGACUGAAAAAGUAUAUGAGCGGGUAUCGAAGGAAGAUGUGUUGCCGAUGCACAAGAGAGUCAACAGGCUCAUUUCUCACUGUGGCCCAGUUACAGGCUACAUUUUUGCUUUGCUGGCCGUGUUCAGCUAUCUCUUCCUCAUUUUCUUGAGAUGGAUGACUCCAGAUUCUAUUAUUGAUGUGGCAGUAGACGCUACUGGGCCAAGGGGAGCCUGGACUCAUCAACAGUCUCGUAAUAAAAAAGGGGGCAACAAUGAUGAGGUAUCAGAAACCAGGUAGAAACAAGUCAGAGGUCUGAAGCUUUAGACACUAUUAACACGAUUGAAAGUAACUUUCCUCUUUUGUUUUCGGGUUUCAAAGUUCAUUUGGUAAAUUAUGCUACCUCUGUGUCAUUCAGUUGUUUGUUUUUUUGGUUUUUUUUUUUUUUUUAAGAAAGAUAAAUAUGCAAUUCCUGAGUGUAGAAACUCUUGCACUUUGAAAUUUUAAGGGAGAACGGUUAAACCACUCAGGUAUGAAAUUUUUCAGAUUACUGAAAUCCCUCUAGCAGAGAUGUUUUAACAUUAUAUUUUGGGAGCUUUGGGUGCUGAAGGGCCAAAUGUUUCUGGAUCUUUUUGGCCAGUUUUUUAACAUUAUACCGUUAAUCCUACAUUUACCAGAUGUUUACAAACUUUCUUUAGGGAGGUACCGUUAUGUGAACUAUUUUAAGACAAGUUCUUGUAUCUGUCAUUGAAAAUGGAAUUCAUGCUCUUAGAUACUUGUUGGGUUCAUUCAGGAAGUGUUACAUGUAAUCUCAUUUCUUGAGCAAGAUGGUCUAUUGGCAGCCAGCAUAUUAGCAGCACCUGCUACAUACGAAGUGUUGCAUUAGAUGGUUCCUACCACUAAGGCCUAAUCAACAUGAAGUGGUAAAAUAGCCAACAUGCCCAAAAUGCUCAAGCUACGUAAUGCCAGGAAGUCAUCGCUGGCAUACUCAAGUAUUUCUCUGAUGUGCUAGUAUGCAUUUUCCUAGGAAGAACCCUUGUCCUCAUGUGUGUGAGUGAAGAGAUGCUGCUUUUUAAGUUCUAGGACCGAUAUCACUGUUGAUACUAGUGCAGACAAACCCUCCGCCUUGGCUAUAUGCAAUUGAGUUCCCAGUAAAAAUGCCUUUGUGGUUUUUGAGAAGAGCUUAAUAGGUGUGCCGUCUCCAAACCAGCUGCUGUUCUGUCCUUUUGAUGGAAGUCACUCUCCUUCACCAUGGCCUGGCCAAUGUCUGAUAAGUAUUGCCAGUGUACAAAAAGGCUUUCCUCCAGAACAUUUUUAUUUCUGGCAAAUGAAGUCUAAAACUGACGCAAUGCCGUCUCUGUGGGUAGAUUUUGUUAACUGAUCAUUGUUGCCCAGAGCCAUGGUUUUUUUUCUUUUUUUCAAUCCCAAAUUAUCCCUAUGAUCUGUAUUAUUCUCCUUUGAACUCUUUAGAAUAAGUUUCUGGGAGUAAAGGACUGAAAUCAAAACAGUAAGGCGUUUGCAGUGCACUGGAGUCUAUCAGUAUUGUGAUUCUGUACAGGAUUUUGUAAUAACAACAUUUGCAAAACUUCUUUUUAAAAAGUAUCUUAACAUGCCUGUUACUUGGUUGCCACUGAUAUAAAAGAGAUAUAUUUGUGUUUUGUUUGUAUGAAAACACAAAUGCUAGAGAGUAAUUUUUACAAUAUAGAAGUUAGGGAUUCUUUUAUCGGAGAAAAAUGAACUGGUCCAAACCAUUCACUCUUACUAGAAUUUUAAUGCAUUAAGACAGACAUACAGAUACGAAAUAAACAGUGCCAAUAUUCACAGUACUGUGAAACUGUUUAACAUUUGGUUUCCUUUAUUCUGCUAUACGGUUUUUAAAGGCACACCACAGCACUACUUUUUUUAUGUUUGCUUUCAAUUUUUCUCAAAAUUGUCAUCGAAUUCUUCAGUUGUCCUUUAUUUAAGAUGAAUAUAGGAUUUUAAAUUACUUAUGUGUGUAAAUGUGUAAUUUAUGAAUUAAAAUUAUUUUCCUUUUUUAACAAAUGGAAAUAAAUUUGUUUGUCUGACAUAAAUAAUUUUCAGGCUUCCUGGAUACCUUAAUUAAAACUGGCCAGUAGGUGGAAAGGAAACAUUGUUCGACUUUGCUACUUGAAAUUAUUUGAAAGUGAAAUUAACCUUGAUGAGCAAUUUAAAAAGAUACUGUAUUCCUUUUGAUGGUACAGUUAUACACAUAAAACUGGUCUGUGAAAACAUGCUCAAGUCUAGAAAU